GGAGGAGGUGGCGGCUAGCGAGGAGCCAGCGCUGGGUCCUGCAGUAGGACUCCCGGGAGCCACCAUCAUGGUGAAGAGGAAGAGCUCCGAGGGCCAGGAGCAGGACAGCGGCCGCGGCAUCCCCUUGCCCAUCCAGACCUUUCUGUGGCGGCAAACCAGUGCAUUUUUGAGACCCAAACUGGGGAAACAAUAUGAAGCCUCUUGUGUGUCCUUUGAGCGAGUGUUGGUAGAAAACAAGCUGCAUGGCCUCUCCCCGGCCCUCUCUGAAGCCAUCCAGAGCAUUUCCAGAUGGGAGCUGGUGCAAGCUGCUUUGCCUCACGUCCUCCACUGCACUGCAACCCUGCUUUCUAACAGAAACAAGCUAGGCCACCAGGAUAAACUGGGUGUUGCUGAGACAAAACUCCUUCACACCCUGCACUGGAUGCUCCUAGAGGCCCCCCAGGACUGUAACAGCGAGCGGUUUGGGGGCACAGACCGAGGCUCUAGCUGGGGUGGCAGCAGCAGUGCCUUCAUCCACCAGGUUGAAAACCAGGGUUCUCCAGGGCAGCCUUGCCAAAGUAGCUCCAAUGACGAAGAAGAGAACAACCGAAGGAAGAUCUUCCAGAACUCCAUGGCUACCGUGGAGCUCUUUGUGUUUCUGUUUGCUCCUCUGGUCCACAGGAUCAAGGAAUCUGACCUCACCUUCCGUCUGGCCAGUGGGCUUGUUAUAUGGCAGCCUAUGUGGGAGCACAGACAGCCUGAAGUCUCUGGCUUCACAGCAUUGGUGAAGCCCAUCAGGAACAUCAUUACAGCCAAGAGAAGUUCUCCCAUCAACAGUCAAAGUCAGAUCUGUGACUCACCAAAUCAAGACACAGGACACCUAGAGGGACUCCAGGUGGUCUGUGAAACAUUCCAGCCAGAUUCCAUCUCACCCAAGGCCACCAUUUCAGGCUGCCACCGAGGAAACUCCUUUGAUGGAAGUCUGUCCUCCCAAACUUCCCAGGAAAGGGGACCAUCACAUUCCAGGGCCUCUCUCGUGAUACCUCCAUGCCAAAGGUCCCGCUAUGCCACCUACUUUGACGUUGCUGUUCUUCGCUGCCUACUCCAGCCGCACUGGUCUGAAGAAGGCACUCAGUGGUCUCUGAUGUACUAUCUGCAAAGGCUGCGACACAUGUUGGAAGAGAAGCCAGAAAAACCCCCAGAGCCAGAUAUUCCUUUCCUACCCAGACCCAGGAGUAGCUCUAUGGUGGCGGCAGCUCCCUCGCUAGUGAACACCCACAAAACCCAAGACCUCACCAUGAAGUGUAACGAGGAGGAGAAAUCUCUUAGCCCCGAGGCUUUUUCCAAGGUUUCGCUGACCAAUCUGCGUCGGUCUGCAGUCCCAGAUCUUUCUUCAGACCUGGGCAUGAACAUUUUUAAGAAGUUCAAGAGCCGCAAAGAAGACCGAGAGAGGAAAGGCUCCAUUCCAUUCCACCACACAGGGAAGAGGAGACCUCGGAGAAUGGGAGUACCAUUCCUGCUCCAUGAGGACCACCUGGAUGUGUCCCCCACCCGCAGUGCAUUCUCCUUUGGAAGUUUCUCUGGGCUUGGAGAAGACAGGCGAAGCAUUGAAAAAGGAGGCUGGCAAACCACCAUUUUAGGGAAAUUGACCCGGCGGGGCAGUUCGGAUGCAGCUACUGAGAUGGAGAGUUUGAGCGCCAGGCACUCCCACUCCCAUCACACUCUGGUGAGCGACCUGCCGGACCACUCCAACAGCCAUGGAGAAAACACCGUCAAGGAAGUGCGAUCCCAGAUCUCCACUAUCACAGUUGCAACCUUCAAUACCACGUUAGCGUCAUUCAACGUGGGCUAUGCAGACUUUUUCAGUGAGCACAUGAGGAAGCUCUGUAACCAGGUGCCUAUCCCAGAGAUGCCACACGAACCCCUGGCAUGUGCAAACCUGCCCCGAAGCCUCACAGACUCCUGCAUAAACUACAGCUACUUGGAGGACACAGAACAUAUUGAUGGGACCAAUAACUUUGUCCACAAGAAUGGAAUGCUUGAUCUUUCGGUGGUUCUGAAAGCUGUUUAUCUUGUCCUUAACCAUGACAUCAGCUCUCGCAUCUGUGAUGUGGCACUAAACAUUGUGGAAUGCUUGCUUCAACUUGGUGUGGUGCCCUGUGUAGAAAAAAAUAGAAAGAAGAGUGAAAACAAGGAAAAUGAGACUUUGGAAAAAAGACCAAGUGAGGGAACUUUCCAGUUCAAAGGAGUAUCUGGAAGUUCCACCUGUGGAUUCGGGGGCCCUGCAGUUAGUGGAGCUGGAGAUGGUGGAGGAGAAGAAGGAGGAGGUGGAGAUGGAGGAGGUGGAGGAGGUGAUGGAGGAGGAGGUGGAGGAGGUGGAGGUGGACCUUAUGAGAAAAAUGAUAAGAACCAAGAGAAGGAUGAAAGUACACCCGUAAGCAACCAUAGGCUUGCUCUGACAAUGCUCAUCAAAAUAGUGAAGUCCUUGGGUUGUGCCUAUGGUUGCGGGGAAGGACACCGGGGGCUCUCUGGAGAUCGUCUGAGACACCAGGUAUUCCGAGAGAAUGCUCAGAACUGCCUCACUAAGCUAUACAAGCUAGAUAAGAUGCAGUUCCGACAAACCAUGAGGGACUAUGUGAACAAGGACUCUCUCAAUAAUGUAGUGGACUUCUUGCAUGCUUUGCUAGGAUUUUGUAUGGAGCCGGUCACCGACAACAAGGCCGGGUUUGGAAAUAACUUCACCACGGUGGACAACAAAUCCACAGCCCAAAAUGUGGAAGGUAUUAUCGUCAGUGCCAUGUUUAAAUCUCUCAUCACACGCUGCGCUUCAACCACACACGAACUGCACAGCCCUGAGAAUCUGGGGCUGUAUUGUGACAUCCGUCAGCUGGUCCAGUUUAUCAAAGAGGCUCAUGGGAAUGUCUUCAGGAGAGUAGCCCUCAGCGCAUUGCUUGACAGUGCUGAGAAGUUAGCACCAGGGAAAAAGGUGGAGGAGAAUGAACAGGAAUCUAAACCUGCAGGCAGUAAAAGGUCAGAGGCGGGAAGCAUUGUGGAUAAAGGCCAGGUGUCCUCUGCACCUGAGGAAUGUCGCAGCUUCAUGUCUGGUCGCCCCUCACAGACUCCAGAGCAUGAUGAGCAAAUGCAAGGAGGCAACCUGGGGAGGAAAGAUUUCUGGCGCAAGAUGUUCAAAUCCCAGAGUGCGGCAAGUGACACCAGCAGCCAGUCUGAGCAGGACACUUCAGAAUGUACCACUGCCCAUUCAGGGACUACCUCUGAUCGGCGUGCCCGCUCACGAUCCCGCAGAAUUUCCCUCCGGAAGAAGCUUAAACUCCCCAUAGGUAAAAGAAACUGGUUGAAACGAUCCUCCCUCUCGGGCCUGGCAGAUGGAGUGGAGGACCUCCUGGACAUCAGCUCUGUGGACCGACUGUCUUUCAUCAGGCAAAGCUCCAAGGUCAAAUUCACCAGUGCUGUGAAGCUUUCCGAAGGUGGGCCAGGGAGUGGGAUGGAAAAUGGAAGAGAUGAAGAGGAGAAUUUCUUCAAGCGUCUUGGUUGCCACAGUUUCGACGACCAUCUUUCUCCCAACCAAGACAGUGGAAAAAGCAAAAACGUAGUGAAUCUUGGAGCAAUCCGACAAGGCAUGAAACGCUUUCAAUUUCUGUUAAACUGUUGUGAGCCGGGGACAAUUCCUGAUGCGUCCAUCCUGGCGGCCGCCUUGGAUCUAGAAGCCCCCGUGGUGGCCAGAGCAGCCUUGUUCCUGGAAUGUGCCCGUUUUGUUCACCGCUGCAACCGUGGCAACUGGCCAGAGUGGAUGAAAGGGCAUCACGUGAACAUUACCAAGAAAGGCCUUUCCAGGGGCCGGUCUCCCAUCGUGGGCAACAAGCGGAACCAGAAGCUGCAGUGGAACGCAGCCAAGCUCUUCUACCAAUGGGGAGACGCAAUUGGCAUCCGAUUGAAUGAACUGUGCCAUGGGGAGAGUGAGAGCCCAGCCAACCUGCUGGGUCUCAUUUACGAUGAGGAGACCAAGAGGAGACUGAGAAAGGAGGAUGAGGAGGAAGACUUUUUAGAUGACAGUACUGUGAACCCCUCUAAAUGUGGUUGCCCCUUUGCCUUGAAGAUGGCAGCUUGCCAGCUUCUCCUGGAGAUUACCACCUUCCUGCGGGAGACCUUUUCUUGCCUGCCCAGACCUCGCACUGAGCCUCUGGUGGACUUGGAGAGCUGCAGGCUUCGUCUGGAUCCUGAGUUGGACCGCCACAGAUACGAGAGGAAGAUCAGCUUUGCUGGGGUUUUAGAUGAAAACGAAGACUCAAAAGACUCUCUCCACAGCAGCAGCCACACCCUCAAAUCAGAUGCAGGUGUUGAGGAGAAGAAAGAAGGGAGUCCUUGGAGUGCAAGUGAGCCCAGCAUUGAGCCAGAAGGAAUGAGUAAUGCCGGCACGGAGGAAAAUUACCACAGAAACAUGUCGUGGCUUCAUGUCAUGAUCUUGCUGUGCAAUCAGCAAAGUUUCAUCUGCACUCACAUUGACUACUGCCACCCCCACUGCUACUUGCACCACAGCCGUUCCUGUGCCCGGCUGGUCAGGGCCAUCAAGCUGCUCUAUGGAGACAGCGUGGACUCCCUCCGAGAGAGCAGCAGCAUCAGCCACGUGGCUCUCCGGGGCAAGAAACAGAAAGAGUGCUCAGAUAAGUCAUGCCUGAGGACACCUUCUCUGAAGAAGAGAGUUUCAGAUGCCAACCUGGAAGGGAAAAAGGAUUCCGGAAUGCUAAAGUACAUCAGACUUCAGGUGAUGAGCUUGUCGCCUGCUCCCUUGUCUCUGUUAAUCAAGGCAGCACCAAUUCUGACAGAGGAGAUGUACGGAGACAUCCAGCCAGCUGCCUGGGAGCUCCUGCUCAGCAUGGAUGAGCACAUGGCAGGGGCAGCAGCCGCCAUGUUCCUGCUGUGUGCGGUGAAGGUCCCCGAGGCCGUUUCGGACAUGCUUAUGUCAGAGUUCCACCACCCAGAGACUGUGCAAAGGCUAAACGCCGUCCUCAAGUUCCACACGCUCUGGAGGUUCCGCUAUCAGGUCUGGCCUCGGAUGGAGGAGGGAGCACAGCAGAUCUUUAAGAUCCCACCUCCCAGUAUAAACUUCACCCUGCCCUCGCCAGUGCUUGGAAUGCCAUCCGUCCCGAUGUUUGACCCUCCGUGGGUCCCUCAGUGCAGCGGGAGCGUCCAGGACCCCAUUAAUGAAGACCAGUCUAAAUCCUUUUCAGCCCGUGCUGUGUCCCGCUCCCAUCAGAGGGCAGAACACAUCUUGAAGAACUUGCAGCAGGAGGAAGAGAAGAAACGUCUUGGUAGAGAAGCCAGCCUCAUCACCGCCAUCCCCAUCACCCAAGAGGCUUGCUAUGAGCCCACCUGCACGCCCAACUCAGAACCAGAAGAAGAAGAAAUGUUGCAUUACAAUUACAUUACUAAGAAAAGCACCCUGAUUUUGUCUCCCUCUUCAGAUGAAGAACAUACCACUGAACAUACACCAAACCACCAUGUGCCCCAGCCCCCACAAGCAGUGUUCCCAGCAUGCAUCUGUGCAGCAGUACUUCCCAUUGUUCAUCUGAUGGAGGACGGUGAGGUGCGGGAAGAUGGAGUAGCAGUGAGUGCUGUGGCCCAACAAGUCUUGUGGAAUUGUCUAAUUGAAGAUCCAUCGACAGUUCUUCGACAUUUCCUGGAAAAACUGACCAUCAGCAAUAGACAAGUAAAUUCCUCUUCCUUUUUAGUAAAAGCCAAGGAAAUGAGAAUGUGAGCCCAGGAUUAUUGUGGCUUUGUGAACUCUUCUUGUCCUGACUUUUAGGUGGGAUUAAUCAUGUACUUUGUGCGGACCCCCUGCGAAUGGGGGAUGGAUGCCAUUUCGGCCACUCUGACAUUCUUGUGGGAGGUGGUGGGUUACGUGGAAGGCCUCUUCUUCAAGGAUCUCAAGCAGACGAUGAAGAAGGAGCAGUGCGAGGUAAAGCUCCUGGUGACAGCUUCAAUGCCAGCCUUCGAACUGCGUAAGGAAUACUUCCUUCUGCAGAGGAGACAGAAGCAGGAAGUGUUCACCCGGAAACUGGAGGAAGUAGGGCGGGUGUUGUUUCUCAUCUCCCUCACCCAGAAGAUCCCCACUGCCCACAAACAGUCCCACGUCUCCAUGCUUCAGGAGGACCUGCUGCGACUGCCCUCCUUCCCUCGAAGUGCUAUCGAUGCUGAGUUUUCACUCUUCAGUGAUCCUCAAGCUGGGAAGGAACUGUUUGGCCUCGACACUCUUCAGAAAAGCUUAUGGAUCCAGCUCCUGGAGGAGAUGUUCCUGGGCAUGCCAAGCGAGUUUCCAUGGGGAGACGAAAUCAUGCUUUUCCUCAACGUGUUUAAUGGGGCUCUGAUCCUGCACCCAGAAGACAGUGCCCUGCUCAGGCAGUACGCCGCCACCGUCAUCAACACUGCUGUCCACUUCAACCACCUCUUCUCUCUCAGCGGCUACCAGUGGAUUCUCCCCACCAUGCUGCAGGUGUAUUCUGACUAUGAAAGCAAUCCCCAGUUGCGUCAAGCCAUCGAAUUUGCCUGCCACCAGUUCUACAUUCUACAUCGGAAGCCCUUUGUGCUCCAGCUCUUCGCUAGUGUGGCCCCUCUCCUGGAAUUUCCUGAUGCUGCCAACAAUGGGCCCAGCAAAGGCGUGUCAGCGCAAUGCCUGUUUGACUUGCUGCAGUCCCUGGAGGGAGAGACCACUGAUAUAUUAGACAUCUUAGAGCUAGUCAAAGCUGAGAAGCCUCUUAAGUCAUUAGAUUUCUGCUAUGGAAAUGAAGACCUGACAUUCUCUAUCAGCGAAGCCAUUAAGCUCUGUGUUACCGUGGUGGCCUAUGCUCCCGAAUCUUUCAGAAGUCUUCAGAUGCUGAUGGUCUUGGAAGCUUUGGUUCCAUGUUACCUACAAAAGCUGAAGAGGCAGACAUCACAGGUGGAGACAGUACCUGCUGCCCGAGAGGAGAUUGCUGCCACAGCUGCUCUUGCGACAUCCCUGCAGGCCCUUUUAUACAGUGUAGAGGUCCUCACCAGGCCCAUGACGGCCCCACAGAUGAGCAGGUGUGACCAAGGUCAUAAGGGAGCCACCACAGCCAACCACACCAUGUCAUCUGGCGUGAACACCAGGUACCAAGAACAAGGAGCCAAACUGCACUUUAUCAGGGAAAACCUUCAUUUGCUGGAGGAAGGGCAAGGCCUUCCCCGAGAGGAACUGGAUGAACGAAUUGCUCGGGAAGAGUUCAGAAGACCUCGGGAAUCCCUGCUGAAUAUUUGCACAGAAUUCUAUAAACACUGUGGGCCGAGGCUGAAGAUCUUGCAAAAUCUGGCUGGGGAGCCACGGGUCACUGCCCUGGAGCUGCUGGAUGUGAAGUCCCACAUGAGGCUGGCAGAAAUUGCACACUCCCUUCUGAAGCUGGCACCAUAUGACACUCAGACAAUGGAGAGCCGUGGGCUUCGGCGCUACAUCAUGGAGAUGCUGCCCAUUACCGACUGGACAGCUGAGGCGGUGAGGCCAGCCCUGAUCCUCAUUUUGAAGAGAUUGGAUAGAAUGUUCAACAAAAUUCAUAAGAUGCCUACCUUGAGGCGACAGGUUGAGUGGGAGCCUGCCAGCAAUUUGAUUGAAGGGGUUUGUUUGACACUUCAGAGGCAGCCAAUCAUAUCCUUCCUGCCUCACCUUAGGUCACUGAUCAAUGUCUGUGUCAAUCUGGUGAUGGGAGUGGUAGGACCUUCCAGUGUUGCUGAUGGAUUACCCCUUCUUCAUCUCAGCCCUUAUCUCUCACCACCUCUGCCCUUCAGCACAGCUGUUGUCCGGCUUGUAGCAUUGCAGAUACAGGCUUUAAAAGAAGAUUUUCCUUUAAGCCAUGUGAUCUCCCCAUUCACCAAUCAAGAGCGAAGGGAGGGGAUGCUUUUAAAUCUACUCAUCCCAUUUGUGCUCACAGUAGGAUCUGGAAGCAAAGAUAGCCCUUGGCUGGAGCAGCCUGAGGUGCAGCUGCUGCUGCAGACUGUCAUUAAUGUGCUCCUGCCACCUCGGAUCAUCAGCACGUCCAGGAGCAAGAACUUCAUGCUGGAGAGCUCCCCUGCCCACUGCUCCACCCCUGGGGAUGCAGGGAAAGACUUACGCAAGGAAGGGCUGGCUGAGUCCACCAGCCAAGCAGCAUACUUGGCGCUGAAGGUGAUCCUCGUCUGCUUUGAGAGGCAGCUUGGAAGCCAGUGGUACUGGCUGAGCCUCCAGGUGAAGGAGAUGGCUCUGCGGAAGGUGGGAGGCCUGGCCCUGUGGGACUUCCUCGACUUCAUCGUGCGGACCCGAAUACCCAUCUUUGUGCUCCUGCGCCCUUUCAUCCAGUGCAAGCUUCUGGCCCAACCAGCAGAGAAUCAUGAAGAGCUUUCUGCCCGGCAACACAUUGCUGACCAGCUGGAGCGGCGCUUCAUACCACGCCCUUUGUGUAAGAGCUCACUCAUUGCUGAGUUCAACAGUGAACUAAAAAUUCUAAAAGAGGCAGUUCACAGUGGAUCGGCCUACCAAGGGAAGACAUCUAUCAGUACCGUGGGCACCUCCACUUCUGCUUAUCGCCUGAGCCUGGCCACCAUGUCUCGCUCCAACACAGGCACGGGUACUGUCUGGGAGCAGGACAGCGAGCCAUCCCAGCAGGCUUCGCAGGACACGCUGAGUCGGACUGAUGAGGAGGAUGAGGAAAAUGACUCUAUAAGCAUGCCCAGUGUGGUAAGUGAACAAGAAGCUUACCUCCUGAGUGCCAUUGGAAGGAGGCGGUUCUCCAGCCAUGUCUCCAGCAUGUCUGCACCUCAGGCUGAGGUGGGCAUGUUACCCAGCCAGAGUGAACCUAAUGUCCUCGAUGACUCCCAGGGCCUGGCCGCUGAGGGCAGCCUCUCUAGGGUGGCAAGUGUACAGAGUGAACCUGGCCAACAGAACCUCCUUGUUCAGCAGCCACUGGGGAGGAAGAGGGGCCUGAGGCAGCUGAGACGUCCUCUGCUAUCACGUCAGAAGACUCAGACUGAAUCCAAAAACCGCCAUGCAGCUCGGCUGUCAACAACUCGCAGGAGCAUUCAACCUAAAACGAAGCCAUCUGCGGAUCAGAAAAGAUCUGUAACCUUCAUUGAGGCUCAGCCAGAGCCAGCAGCUGCCCCAACAGAUGUACUUCCUGCCACAGGCCAACCACAGGGCUGCAGCCCAGCCCCAUCUAGGAAACCAGAAAAAAUGGACGAUCCAGUCCUCACGUCUUCCCCCGCCAUAGUUGUUGCGGAUCUCCACAGCCUGUCUCCCAAGCAGAGUGAGGCCCUCUCCACUGAAGAAGGAGAAAAGAAGGAGGAUACAGAAGCACAAGGUGCUACAGCACUUAGUCCACUCUCUACUCAACUCUCAGACCCUGAUGACUUCACAGGCCUAGAGACAUCCAGCCUGCUACAGCAUGGAGACACUGUCCUUCACAUCAGCGAGGAAAAUGGCAUGGAGAACCCUCUGCUGUCCAGCCAGUUCACUUUUACUCCCACUGAGCUGGGGGAGACAGACAUAGUCCUAGAUGAGUCUCAUGUUUAA